CAAUGAGUAUUACCGUUUAUGUAUCAUUGUCGCGUCCGUGACUUGGAUUAGUAGCCAGUCUAGUGAAGAUGGCUGAAAACAAUGGCACUGGUUAUUGAGCUAACUUUGCGUUCUCCUGAUACUUGUCAACAAAGAAGUUAUCAUUAAUUAAAAAGUAACCGAAGCACACAUCAUAGUCACACGUAUAUAUUAUGGCAACUGCUAUUCAAAAGAAUGGCAUGAAACCUUUAACAAACACAAUAAAUCAUGUAGAGAAUGUAAAUAAUUUAAACAGUACGGAUAUAUGUAAUGAAGGAAAAGAUGAAAGACUGUACGAUGGGCAAAUCCAACCUUAUGUCGAUCCUCCUGAACAGGAACCUCGCGAGCUGGAUAUUGUCAUUAAUAACGUAGUUUGCAGCUUCAGCGUUAGGUGUCACUUAAAUUUACGAGAAAUUGCGCUUAAUGGAUCUAAUGUGGAAUAUAGGAGGGAGAAUGGGAUGAUAACAAUGAAAUUGAGGAGACCUUAUACUACCGCUUCUAUAUGGUCUUCUGGUAAAGUAACAUGUACUGGUGCAACUAGUGAAGUUCAAGCGAAGAUUGCAGCUCGUCGAUUUGCUCGUUCGCUUCAGAAACUUGGAUUCAAAGUGCGAUUUAACAAUUAUAGAGUGGUUAAUGUACUAGGUACAUGUUGCAUGCCAUUUGCAAUCAAGAUAACAUCGUUUUCUUUGUAUCACAAGGAAGAUGCAGAUUAUGAACCAGAAUUGCAUCCUGGUGUUACAUACAAGUUAAAAGAACCAAAAGCCACAUUGAAGAUAUUUUCUACAGGCAGCGUUACUGUAACUGCUCCUAAUGUUGCUGCUGUCCAAGCAGCAAUCGAAUACAUUUAUCCACUAGUCUACGAGUUUCGUAAAGAAAGAACAGCAGAAGAUGAACUUGCCUUAACAACAAAAAAGCGUAGUAAGAUAAGUAAGAAAAAUCACGAAGAGUUCCUAAAUGACCCAGAUUAUGUAUAUGAAGCCAUGUUCUCGGAUGAAGAAGACGAAGGUGAAGGGGGUGAGAGUGAUGCCAGUUGGGACUGAUCUGUUUACUUUGCUACUCUUUUGUUAAUUGUGAAACUGUUAUAUCUUGUUCUUUGAAAAAUAGAUAUGCACUGCUCUGUGUACAAAAGUGUUAUCGUAAAGAGUGAAGUGAAGUAUUCGUUUUCUCUUAGUGAAAAGACAAUAUGUGAGCGCCAGAGACAAAUAUGCACGCAUGUGUGUUUUAAUUAUGGUUACAUUAAUACCGAAUCAAACUGAAUUCCAUCAUCAAAUAAUAUUGUCAUAUUUACUUUCAUUAAUAGUAUACGUAUGUACAUAGAUACAUUCAUACACACACGUCCCUCCCCCGCCCCCUUUCUCUCUCUACACACACACACACGCCUAUGCAUGCAUGCAUCUAUGUACAUAUAAAUAUUAAACAUAAAAACAAUUUUACACGCAGAAUUGUUUUGUUUCAGCACACAAUAUUUUCAAUGUUCAUUUAAAAUUUCUUGUUUUUUCUCAAUUACUUUUUUUUUACAUAAAGAUUGAGUGUAUUUAAAUGAUUAGAAAAAGUUCUAAGAAGAGCUUACUUGUAAGUAUACUCCUUUACAUUUAGGUAUGAAAUGAUACAUGCUUUUUAAGUUUUUGGUUAUAUAUAAUCGAUCGAUUAUGUAUUCCAGUAUUG